UGGCCCCUUCAGGCCUUAGAAACAUAUUUAAAUUCAUAAACUCUCUGCCUUCAUCCUGGCUGAUCGUUUCUCAGGCUCAGUUUUAUUUCCUCUUCGUUUCCAUGGAGACUCCAACGUUUCUCUGGUCGUCAGGUUUUCCUCCUCAGGAGUUUUCAACAUGAACAUCAGUGAGUUGAGCUCUCAGCCCUGAGGGACUCCAGGUUUGAUCAGUUACAUUAUCUGUGGUUCUUGAGCUCUGAUAACGUUCAGAAAUGUUGGUUUGUUUCCAGGCUGCAGUUCUGAGUUCUGCUCACUUUUAUCGUUCAUCAGAUGAAGCUGCUGUGUAAAAGCAGCAGUUUGGUGCCAACAGGCUGAUUCUGUCGUGUCUCAGUCUCACAUCCUCCUGCUGCGGUUUGGCUCAACAGGAUGUUCUUAACUUCGCUCUGAGACGGACGGACAGAACGGCUUCAGCUGCAGACGAGAUGAACGCCGCCGCGCCGCCGCUGCUGCUCUGUUUAUCUCUGAGCUUCAGCUGCUGCCAGACGGUUUCCUGCCACGACGCGCCCCGUCCCUCCUCCCUGGUCGUCUCCCCCAACCAGUCUCAGUUCUAUGAGUACGGUUCUGUCUCCCUCAGCUGUGAGCAGUUUGGACCGGACGGAUGGACGGUGUGGAGACAAACCGCAUCGGGGUUGCAGGUGUCUCCAUGUUCUGUGUGGGGAAGUCAAACCUCCUCCACCUGCACCAUCAGCACCCUGAAGAAGACGGACAGCGGCGUGUACUGGUGCGAGUCCAGACACCGAGACAGCAGCCACACCGUCAACAUCACCGUCACCAUUGGACAGGUGGUCCUGAUCGGUCCGGUCCUUCCUGUGACGGAGGGAGAUGACAUCACUCUGACCUGUCAACAUAAGAGCGCUCCAGGUUCAAACGCUGAGUUCUUCAAAGACGGAUCCAAGAUGGGGUCUGAAGGUGGCCUGAUCCUCCGUAACGUCUCCAGGGCCCAUGAAGGAGGUUACACCUGUAGAGUCAACGGCGUUUCAUCUGAGACCAGCUGGCUGCUCGUCAAAGAUGUGUCCAAGCCGGCAUCUCUGAGCGUGAGUCCGGACUCGUCUCAGGUUCUGGAGUAUCAGUCCUUCAGUCUGAGCUGCAGCAGCUCGGCUCCAGGAUGGACCAUCAGACGCUUCUCUGAAAACACCAGGAAGACGUCCAGCUGUGGGGGGGACUGGGGCGUCCUGUCUUCCUCUGUCUGCAGGCUGCAGACGGCCAAGAAGUCUGACAGCGCCCUCUACUGGUGUGAGUCUCCCACCAUGCAGCGGAGCAACACGGUUCAGAUUACCGUGUAUGACCGACCGGUGGUUCUGCUGAUCCCGGCUCUGCCUGUGGCGUCUGGACGAAACGUUAAUCUGACCUGCCUGACCAGGAGCCCGUCUGCUGCCUCGGCUGAUUUCUAUAGAAACGAUUCCUUCAUCGGGUCGGGAUCCUGGUCCUUCAUCCUGAGAUCCGUUUCCACGGACGAUGAAGGUUCCUACAGCUGCAGGACGGGAGGCGGAGCCUCUCCGCCCGGCUGGCUGUCGGUCAGAGCUCCUCCAGAUCCAGAUCCAGAUCCAGAUCCAGAUCCAGAUUCUUCUUCUUCUCCUCUUCGCUCCAUCCUGUGGAAAAUCCUCUACGCUCCGGUUUCCAUCUUUUAUUUCAUCCCCACCUGCGUCUUCAUCUACAAGCUCAGACACAGAGCCACAGGCUGGAGCCCAGCGGGCCGGACCAGAACCUCUGGACCCAGACGAGCCGCAGAAGAGGAAGAAGCAGCAGGUGGAGACGACUAUGACGACGCCAUGGCUCCUGUCACCACUCAGCAUCAUUUCUGAAUCUGGUUUAAUCUCUGAACGUUUUCCUGUCUGUGUCGUUUGUUUCUAUAUAAUCUGUAUGAAGAACAAAGAAUAAAAUUAUUUUUUAAUUA